AUUCCUCAUGAGCCCAUUUUUUCUGCGAAUGGGGUCAGUCAGUCUGCUGUAUCUUUGCAGAAAAAAUAGUUGUCUGAUUAUUUUAGGAAGAAGAAUUCUAACUUUGCUAGUUGGCAAUGCAAUCCGGACGUAGAAUAGGUUGUUAUGCUAUGAAUAGAUAAUAAUAAGUUUCGGUACACCAGAAUAUUUUGGAUAAGAUUCUCAACCUUAGUGGAUGCUUAGCAGAAACAGGCUGCAGUUCAGAGGUGACAUAUCAUGGACAGUUCAGACGAAGCAGCACCGCCGUCGGUCCGUUCGCAGCGAGGUGGCUGGAUCACCUUCCCCUUCAUCAUAGGGACAAUGGCUGGGCUAACACUUGCUGCUGGAGGAUGGAUUGCAAACUUGAUCGUGUACUUGAUUCAAGAAUUCAACAUUAAGAGCAUAAGUGCUGCUAAGAUUUACAACGUUGUCAAUGGAAGCAUUACAAUGUUUCCUAUCAUCGGAGCGAUAGUCGCCGACUCCUUUGUCGGCUGUUUCUCUGUCAUCUGGUUUUCAUCUCUCAUCUCUCUGCUGGGCACAUUGCUUUUAGUUUUAACUGCAGCAAUCAGUCACUUGAGACCUCCAUCAUGCGAAAACGGGUCGAAUGCUUGUAGAUAUCCUUCUCAUCUUCAGUUUGCAGUCUUAUAUCUCGGCUUAGCGCUGGCGUCUCUGGGAAAUGCGGGCACUCGUUUCACCAUCGCACCGAUGGGAGCAGACCAAUUCAAUAAUCCAAAGAGUCAAGGGAUUUUCUUUAACUGGUACAUUUUCACAAUGUAUACAGCAACAGUCGUUAGCUCCACGGCCAUAGUGUAUGUAGAGGAUAACGUCGAUUGGGCAUGGGGUUUCGGCCUCUGUGCUGUGGCUAACGUGAUCGGUUUAGCUGUUUUCUUGUCUGGCAGCCGGUUCUACCGCCUUGUUAAGCCAAAAGGGAGCCCAUUUAGGAGUUUGGCUCAUGUUGUCGUUGGAGCUAUCAGUAAAAGAAGAAUGAUUCUUUCAGACCAAACCGAAGAUUAUUACCAUGACUUGAAUGUACAUGCUAAGUGUCCAACACGUUUCUUCAGGUUCUUAAACCGUGCAGCAUUGAGGAGUACUGAAGGAGACGCUAAUCAAGAAGGCUCCAUCACAAAUCCAUGGAAACAAUGCACAGUGCAACAAGUAGAAGCGCUCAAAAGCCUCAUCAAGAUCUUUCCCCUGUGGUCAACUGGUUUAUUCCUGUGCACCCCACUAGCCAUCCAACUGAGCUUGGCUACUCUCCAGGCCUUAAGCAUGGACCGUCAUAUAGGACCCCGUUUCCAUGUCCCAGCCGGUUCCAUGUCCGUCUUCAUACUGAUCUCAACUUCCUUUUCCAUUUUUCUCAUAGACCGGCUGCUCUUUCCCCUUUGGGAAAAACUCACUCAUCGGCCUCCCAAACUUCUCCAACGCAUUGGAAUCGGCCACGCCCUUACUAUUGUUAGCAUGGCGGUCUCAGCAGUUGUGGAGUCAAAGAGGCUAAAAAUAGCACGUUUGGACGAUGUGCAGAACGAAACAGACGCUGUAGUCCCAAUGUCGGCCUUGUGGCUGGUGCCACAACUGGCUAUUGCUGGUAUAGGAGAAGCAUUUCAUUUUCCAGGACAAGUUGCACUUUACUACCAAGAAUUUCCAGAGUCACUUAAGAGCACGUCGACUGCAGCCGUUGCUAUGUUUAUUGGCAUUGCAUUUUAUAUCAGCAAUGCGAUUAUAGAUUUGAUUCGGAGGGCAACGGGGUGGCUGCCGGAUGAUAUAAACCAGGGGAGGUUGGAUAAUGUGUACUGGUUUUGUUGCAUCCUAGGAGGAUUUAAUUUCGGUUACUAUCUUGUAUGUGCAUCCUUGUACAAGUAUCAGAAUGUCGAAAAAUCUGCAGAUGGAUGUAGUAAGAGUUGAUAUGAUUCUUGGAUGUUUCUUUGAAUCUUUGCAGCUCUAUGACCUAUUCAUCAUCUUGCACAGUAAUAAGGAAUUUUAAGCUUUA